AGUUUGAGUUUGACAAAUAACGUCAAAUGCUUUUCUCGCCUCUGUUUACUGAUUAAAUUGAUAAAAUUAAUUAAAAUUAGUUUGUCUAGUAAAAUUGUUGGUCACAUAGCAUGAGAUUACAGAGAAAUUUUUAUUCAUUAUGCAUGUGUUUAAUAUGUUAGUGUAACAAGUGAUGACGUCGAAAGAGGAUAAUGUAACCUUAAAAGUGCUAAGAUUGUGUAAAUACAAACUUUGUUUUAUUUUAUUAUCGUUAUCAGUCGUUAAAGUGAUUUGAUAUGUCACAUUUUGGAGAUUUUAUGGACGGCGUACCCGUGAAAAUAUCAGAAAAAUACAAGCGACCUCCACGAAUCGAGUUACCUUAUAGCAUUACAGAAUGUCCUUUGCGAGCGCAAAAUGUUGUUGAAUGCGUCAACUAUUGCCCUACAUUCGAACGUAAUGUACUUUCUAAACUCAAAGAGCUUAGAAGCGCAAAAGAAACGAAGAAAAAUGAAAGGCGACAUCGUCUUCAAUUAUUGGAAGAAGCGAAACAAAAGAAAUUGGACGCCAUAGCCGCCGCUGAAGCAGAGGAAAAGUUGAAGCAGCUCAGUGUGUCCGAGGUGUCGUACCCGAGCACCGAUGAGAUCAGCGCCCUAUCGCCUGACGAAAAACCAGAACGCAACUGUGAUACAAGUUCUACUCAAGACAAUAGCCCAGAGAUUGACAAAACUACAAGUGUAGAUGUUACUUUGCCAUGUAGUACAACACAAGACUCGCAGACAAGCAUCUUGCAGCCCAUACAAGUGCAGUCAAACUACCAACAAAGUCUUCUAGAUGAUCCAGAUCCAUUGCAGGAACUAAAGAUUAGUUCUAAAAUUACUAAACCCCAGUACUCUCAUAAUGUUGAAACAAUGACAUUCAAAGAUUUUGAAAAUGACACAUCUAGCCCGUUUGAUAAUGUUGAACUUAAAACUAUUAAUGAUAUGGAAUUAUUAGCUCAAGUGUUGCAAAGUCAAAGAGAUUCAACAGCUAGCUGUCAGGUGCCAAAUUAUCAGGAGCAGGUCUAUCCAGGAUAUGCAAAUUGUGCGACACAAGCUCAACUUGAAGGUGUCACGUACAUACCAAAUGCUUACGGAGAACAGACAAUACAGGGUCCAAAUAUUAUAUACUCGUCUCCACAGCAUUACCCAGUCUCCAAUGGCUAUUAUGUACAGUCUGAUAAUAUAUGUGAUAGGAGUAUUCCUGUUGAUAAUGUAUAUAUGCCCAAUUAUCAAUAUUAUGUUCCUACACAACCUUAUACAGUAACAGAUCAAUAUUACAGCAACCCAUUGCCAACCACGUCAGCAGAAAUCAAUCAAAUAACGAAUGGAGCAACCUAUAUCCCACAGCCUUAUUAUUAUUAUCAACAACCGUAUUAUACGCAACAGACAAUAAACACUAAUGAAGUAACAGAAGAGCCGGCAGCAAAUAGUUCUCAGAAUAUAGUUAAGUCUAGGUCUAGAAGUGUUCCUGAUAUUGUAAGGGAGUUGAAUGAGGAGUUAGCGACGGCAAAAUUGAGAGCAAAUGAGAGAUCUUGCAAUGUUAGUCCCGCACCUGUGGCAAUGGUUCCAAGGUCAUCUUCUAGUAGUGAUAAACGAGAUCAUAGAAGGAGAAAAACUGAGCAGUUGCCAAAUCCAUAUGAUAAAUUUCCCCCACAAUUACAGAACAUGUGUCAGAAAAUUCAUGGAAUGGGCUUUCCCUUGGACAGGGUAGCCAGAGUGUGUAGCCUAGUUGGAGAGAAUGAUAAGAAGGUAAUAGAAGGUCUUCUCAUCUUGGGAGAGCUGAUGGAUCUAGGAUUUUCGGAAGGAAGAGUGUCCGCAGCACUUGCCAAACAUGAAUUCAACAGAGAUAAAGCCUUGGACGAGUUGGUUUCAUAACAGGAAUACCUCACUGGAUUGGUGGAUCAUACAUACUUUAAUGGGUAUAUCCCCAUUAUUACGAAAUGUGGUUUUUAUUGUACAGAAAUGUUAAAUCACCUAGAAUGUAAAGAAGAAAAAAUAUUUAUCAAUUCUUUUUUAAUUUCAUUAAAAUGCCUCGAGUUA